CACUAAAUUUAGAAGAUUGUUAAGGGGUCUGUGUGACUCCUCUCUCAGCCCGGCUGCCCGACACAGCACCUAAAUAGCAAGUCAACGACUUCAGUCCAGUGCUCAGAUCCAUCUGCAGCAGAUCACCAUGGCAACCGGCCAGGACCAGGACGGUGAGCAAGUAGUCCCCGAUAGAGGUGAAGAAGAUGAUGUCCGAGCUGUUCAGGCUCGGUAUUUGCGCAGUCCGUCUCCUAGCACCUUCUCCAUGGUAUCAGACGCGUAUACGGAGAGCAUCUUUAUGGAGCCCAUCCACCUCUCUUCAGCGGUGGCUGCUAAGCAGAUUAUCAAUGAAGAGUUGAAACACAAAGAGGUCAAAGUGGACACUGUAUGUCCGCGGAUGUUGGAGUCGGCAGAGCAGCUGCUUGUGGAGGACCUAUACAACCGUGUGAAGGAGAAGAUCGAUGACCGAAGUUUGUUCAACACUCCCUGUGUGUUAGACCUGCAGAGAGAGCUCCUGAAAGACCAUCUGGAAUCACCACUGAACUGUGUAGACGAAGUUUGGCCCAAUGUUUUCAUUGCUGAAAAGAGUGUUGCGGUCAAUAAAGGACGUUUAAAGAGGAUGGGUAUAACUCAUGUCCUGAAUGCGGGACAUAAUACCACCGUUUUCACAGGACCUGAAUUCUACUCUGGCACCGAGAUCCAGUACAUGGGUGUAGAAGUUGACGAUUUCCCAGAUUCAGACAUCUCAAAGUUCUUAAGACCGGCUGCCGAGUUCCUCGACGAAGCUCUUCUCACAUACAGAGGUAAAGUUUUAGUCAACAGUGAAAUGGGCAGCAGUAGAUCAGCGAUCCUGGUUGCUGCAUAUUUGAUGAUCUUCCAUCACAUGACAAUCUUGGAAGCUCUGAUGACGAUUCGCAAAAAACGAGCCAUAUAUCCUAAUGAUGGAUUUAUUAUGCAGCUACGUGUACUUAACGAAGCGCUGUUAGAGGAACGAGAAUAUUCCGACGAUGCUAGCAGUCAAAGCUCUGUGGUCCAAGCCAAAGCUCAUUCUAUAAUGGUGGAAGAAGAAGAUGCGGAAAGCACAAUGGGAGCCAAAGUACACUCUAUUAUUGUUGAGGAGGAAGACACCACAAGUGUGAUGGGAAGUGCCAUGAGUCUAAUGGAAAAGUCGAGUGUGGUGUCUAAACAGCCAACCCUUAUUGAUGAAGAUGAGGAGGAGAAGUUAUAUGAAGAAUGGAGAAAAAAACAGGGACUCCCCCCAAGAGAAGUACCAAAAAAGGUAAAUCAACAAGGGCUAGCCUUUCCCGAAGAAGGAAAUGUAAGCAAUGAUUAUGUGGAGCAGAGGAUACAUGACUGGCAGCGCCAGACUGCAAAGUAUCAACCAACAGGACUUGAAGAUGAUGCAAAUUCCCUGAUAGGAGGGGGAAGGUACACACCAAGUGAGAUAAGCGACAUGGAGAGUGUGACCUCUGAAGAUAUUCGACUUCUCAAACAGCAACUCGAAUUGAGUGAAAUCAACAGAACGAGCAGAGGUCGUUCUGAUUCAGUAUGUACGGAUAGUACGUGGGACAUGUGGAAUACAAGGCUUCAGGAAAUUGAAAAGGAAGCUAAAGACAAGUCUGAACAAAAAACAAAAAAUGAAAACAAAGAUAUAGAUGAGGAAAGUGUUUUGUCCGAAACUGGUUCUUUGUUCAACUUUUGCAAGAAGAACAAGCACAAACUUACCGCACUAGAAAGAUGGAAAGUCAAGAGAAUCCAGUUUGGAUUCCAUAAAAAGGACUCAGAGACUUCUGAUAACCAAAAUAAAGAUGCAAAUUCUGAGCAAACGGAAGCUGAAGGUUCUAGUAAGUCUGAUAUUGAUCUAACAGCUUACCAGUCAUGGAAGAUCAAGCAGCAAAAGAAAAUAGGCAACGAAAACAAAGACGAAAUUGUCGAACUUACAAAAGGUGAAGACAGUGCUGCAGUAAAGAGAAGGCAGAGGAGAGAGGAGAUAAUAGAACGUUCCAAACAGAACCUUGAAGAGAGCCAGUCUAUGUGCGGUUGGGAGACAGAAAGUGCACUUAGUGGAAGUAUCCCCCUAUCUGCAUUUUUCCAAAGUGCUCCUUCAGUCACUGGUGUUAACGAUGGAGCUUCUGUACUGAGCAUGAAGAGCAAUGCAUCUAGAGCAUCUAAGGCAAGAAGCACUGCCAGUCAAGUCAAUACACCUGCCACAUUGCCACAGAACAUGCCAUCAGGACCGGUUGAUGCAAUUUCCAUAGCCAGCAUUCAGAAUUGGAUUACCAAUGUGGUUAGUGAAACCAUUGCACAAAAACAAAAUGAAAUAAUGAUGAUGUCUCGAGCACCUUCAGUUUUAAGCAUGGCAUCUGGAGAACAUGGACGAAGAGUAGAUGAUGAUAAGAUGUCAUUAAUUAGUGGGGCCGGGGGCUCUUGCUUAUCUGGUUCUUUAUUGAAGAAUCGGGAAUCUAAAGGUACCGAUUCAGUGAUGUCUUACAACACAUCAUUAAGUUCAAACACGAACAUAUCAAGUGCAAAGAGAAAAAUUACACAGACAAGUGUCCCUCUUCAUAGUCUCUUUUCAGAUGAAGUUGAUUUGAAGAAGCUUAACCAGAAAGAAAGUGAACUUAGAGAGGAGCUAACUGGAAAGUUAACUCGCUAUCGAAAAGAAAAAGUUGAAAGUGAUAAUAAGCGUAGCUACUUGUUUAAGAAAAAAAAGGCCAAAGAUAAUGGGGAUGAUGUAGAAAAACAAGACAUUGUGUCAAACACAAACUUGAGAAGUUCUACAUCUUCAAAGAAUCGAGAACUUACUUCCUACUCUAGUUAUUUAACAAAUGCCAACACUUCGACUUCUGAGUUGGAAAAAAAUAUUAGUAGAUGGCUUAGCGAGGUUAAAACUGAAGGGAGGACAACAUCACAGAGGGAGAACAUUUCUGAAAGCUAUUCAAGACGAUCUAAAGCCCAGAAAGAAGUGAAUACUGAAAUGAAUGGCUAUGGAUAUUCCAGUAACCUAUCAGAACAAGACAGUAAUUCAUUUUCAUCUUUCCAAAGUAACAAAGACACUGACAGAUCCAGGUCUAGAUUUUCAGUGUCAUCUGAGGAAGAGAGUUACCAUGGCAGAACUUCCAAGUUCAGUGAACAGGACCGAAAAAGCAGCCCUGACCCAGAAUGUAGGCCAGCUAGAAUGUAUCCACAUGAGCCCUCUGGUGAUUCAGAUAACUCAGAUACAGGUGAUUUUGUCAGCAGAAGAAAUUUAAAAAAAUCUUCUGCCGGAUAUGAAGAUGCGGAGGUGGAACAAGAAAAUGACGGAGCUGAAACGUCAUAUUCGGCCCGUCUGCGAGCUCGAUCCAGAGAGACAAAAGUGUCCGAAGAAGAAACGAAUGAUGACGAUAUUAUCGAAGCGUGGAGACGUCGACAAGAAGAAAAAAAGUCAAGACUUUGGAAACAUGAGGAAGAUGAUUAACACAUUUCUAAUCCUAUAAUAUAAAUCCAUGUUUAUGAGCCUUCUUAUGUGAAUUACAUAUCUCAAUAUAGCUUUUUUUAUGUUCAAAGAAAAGUAUUACAAAUAUUUUAAUAUAUUUUAAAAUGUUAUUUAUAUACUUUGGAUGACAUUACCAAUCAAAACCAAAAUAUCUCAUUUGAAGACUGGGUGUGUGUUUUUACUGAUAAUAAUGUAUCUACACACUCCAUGUCAAUUAAUUUAAAUCCUGCAGUGCACUAUAGAAAAAAAUGCCCAAGUGUCUGAGAGUGCCAAGAGCAUCGUAGAAUCAUGGCAUUUCCCUAAAAUGUUAGUGUGUUUUUAUUAUUGGUGCACUACUUACUGCCAUAAGUAAAUCAAUAGCGUUUAUUGAGGUGGGGUGUCUCUCUUUAUUGAUGUGGAACUAUCUUUCUUCAAUAGUUGUGCUAAGUUCCAAGAACCCUUAAGAAGUAGUCCAUUUUUGAAUAUUCUAUCUACUGUAGCACGUGUUUUAGAAUAAUAUAUAAGUUUUGUUUUCAAAUUAAUCCUUUUUUUGUCCCUCUGUUUCCCCUUGUUUUUACUUGUUUUUUUUUUUUUUAAUUCACCUUAGAUUUUUUAAACUUAUACAUAAGUGAAAGUAGAGACUACUUUUUCUAAUGGGGAGUGUGAUCUCUAGCACGUUUUUGUAAACAUGCAGAACUUUAUUAGCAAAGUUCCAUUUCAAUUGCUUCGCUAAUUUUCCCCACAAUCCGUCAGUCAAAAGAAUUCCUUCAGAUGGGCAAACUUCGGAGAUCAGAGGAGAACAAAAUGGCAGCACGUAGGUUUAGAGAUCUAGCACAAAGAAGAUAAGAUAAUAAAUAUAAAUAAAGUAGCAAGGAAUGGAUUACAUUCAUUAAGAUAGAAAGGGUGUGGGGUGGAAUAUAUUAAUUAAGAUACAAGAUUAUUUUACAAUAGUGAAAGAAAAAAAAACAACAACAUGAUAGUGCCGCUUUAAAUACAAACUUUCAGUCCGUUACAAAGCCGUCAUCUUACAACAUGUUGUUGGUAAAGAAUCGUUGAACUAUUUUGGGUCUAGUUGUAAAACGCUCGUAGUCGGGACUGGGGUGAUGUAUAAAGGGAUAGAUAAGGACUAGAAAUCAGCUAUAGUGAGCAGUCUGUUAGCUGCCAUUAACCUAUCUAAGGUUAAAAUGCAAAUUCACGGUGUGACAUAUCUGUUUCAGUGAUUAUGGUAGUUUGUUUUGUUUUAAUGACAUGAUGGAUCUACAACGAUUUGCUACACACUGUCAGUACAUUUAGGCUGUUAAUAUUUUUGGAUGUUAAAUAUAUUUACCGCUGAAAACUG